UUUUAUUUUAUUUCAGGUCGAAAUGGUCAGUAGUUGUAUUUAACACUAAUAUUAAUAUAACGUAUUGACUAUGGCCGCUCAUCAUUAUACCGUGGAAGUGGGCGAUACCAAUUUUACAAUUCUUAGUCGGUAUAUUAAAUUAAGGCCUAUUGGAUCUGGUGCUCAAGGCAUUGUGUGUGCUGCCUAUGACACGGUUACCGAGCAAAAUGUCGCAAUAAAGAAACUGUCUCGCCCAUUCCAAAAUGUGACACACGCUAAGCGAGCUUACAGAGAAUUUAAGCUAAUGAAGUUAGUGAACCAUAAAAAUAUCAUUGGUUUGCUCAAUGCGUUCACUCCCCAACGCAAUUUGGAGGAGUUUCAGGAUGUUUAUCUUGUGAUGGAGCUAAUGGAUGCUAAUUUAUGUCAGGUUAUUCAAAUGGAUUUGGACCAUGACAGAAUGUCCUAUUUGCUAUACCAAAUGCUCUGUGGAAUUAAGCAUUUGCAUUCCGCUGGAAUUAUACAUAGAGAUUUAAAACCUUCCAAUAUAGUUGUUAAGGCCGACUGUACUCUAAAGAUAUUGGACUUUGGGCUUGCACGCACAGCUGGAACUACAUUUAUGAUGACUCCAUAUGUCGUAACUAGAUAUUAUAGAGCCCCAGAAGUCAUUUUAGGUAUGGGAUAUACCGAAAAUGUAGAUAUUUGGUCAGUGGGAUGCAUUAUGGGUGAGAUGAUUAGAGGUGGAGUACUUUUUCCUGGAACUGAUCACAUUGAUCAGUGGAAUAAAAUAAUUGAGCAAUUGGGCACACCGUCCCCAUCAUUUAUGCAGCGUCUGCAGCCAACUGUUCGCAAUUACGUUGAGAAUCGUCCAAGAUAUACUGGAUAUGCGUUUGAUAGGCUUUUUCCUGAUGGUCUGUUUCCUAACGAUAAUAGUCAAAAUAGCCGAAGAAAGGCUUCUGAGGCAAGGGAUUUACUUAGCAAGAUGCUAGUAAUUGACCCUGAACAGAGAAUAUCAGUGGAUAGAGCUUUACAGCAUGAAUACAUUAAUGUAUGGUAUGACGCCGAAGAAGUUGAUGCUCCUGCUCCAGAGCCAUAUGAUCAUAGCGUCGAUGAACGAGAGCAUACUGUUGAGCAGUGGAAGGAGCUCAUCUAUGAAGAAGUCAUGGAUUAUGAGGCGCACAAUGUUAACCGAUAGAGCAUAAAUAAUUUGUUAAUAGGACAGUUAUUUAGCCUUACGCCUAUCAACAAUACAAACACUUUAUUAAUAUUUAUAAUAAUCACAACAACAAGAA